CAAAACUAUCGACACACAGGAAGACGGAUAUAAAACAAUAAUAAAAUAUAUCAACACACACAACCUCUUCUGCUACCCCUUGGCCGCUCUGAUUACUUCCCGUUGAAGCAUCUCUUUAGCCCUCCAUCUCUCUUUCUACACGCACACAAAUUACUCAUCUUCUCUCUCACUCUAAAUCUCUUUGUUCUUCGUCAUUUAAUUAUAAUUUAUUAAAUAUACCAAAAAAAUCUUAUAAUACAACAAAAAGACACAGAUAUCGUAUCGUGAUAGACUUGUUCUUACCCAAUCUUAAGUUAAUCUAAUUAUUAUUAUUAUUAUAAUUGUUGAUAUUAUUCUCACGUCAUCGAUUUCGUUUACGAUUGAUUCUGUUAUCUCAAAGUUUCAAUCUUUUUAUUAACUAGUGAUUUUAGUGGUUUCGUUAGUAAUUGUUUCAUCGUCUACUGUUUGAUUGUUGAUUCUGAUUGUGAUUUAGUUAGGGUUUUGUGGUGUGAAAUUGAGAUAAUUUGGUGUGUGGUGGAUUGGAUUUGUGUGGAAUUAGGGUUUGGUUUGAUCGUGUUGUGGUCUUUGUUGGUAAUUAGGGUUAUUGUGUGUGUGGGUUGGUGAAAGGUUGGGUCUUUUGAAGGAUUUUGGUGGCGAAUUGCAGUUUUAUCCAUAAGUCCCUCUCUGUGGAUUUGGUGAGUGUGGAUAAAAUGGCUUCUACGAGUGUCUCGGAAGGUGUUGUUCAGAGGGGGAAGUUGUUGGUUCACUUGGCGGAAAAUGGGCAUUCUUUCGAGCUUGGUUGCGAUGAAUACACGCUCGUUGAGGAGGUUCAGCGGUAUAUUGAAUCGGUUUCUGGGGUUCAUGUCAAUGAUCAGCUUUUGUUGUGUGCUGAUAUGAAGUUGGACUCGCAGAAGCAGCUUUCUGCGUAUGGGCUUCCGGCUGACGAUCGAGAAGUGUAUUUGUAUAACAGAGCUAGAAUGCGGAGUAGUUCACCGAGUCCUGCACCGGAACAAGUUGAAUUGGUUGAAACUCCUGACCCGCAAUCACCGACCUCUGCACGUAAUCCUCAUCCCUUGGAUGAUGCUUCUGACCCUGCUCUCAAGGCUUUGGCUUCAUACGAGAGACAGUUUAGAUACCAUUACCAAUGUGGUCAUGCUAUUUAUGCUCGUACUAUGCUGAAAUAUGAGAUUUGCGAAAGGUUUUUGAGGGAACAAAAGGUGCAAGUGAAGGCUUUAGAGAUUGCACGUGGUAAUCUAGAUCAUUACUAUAGGAUGAUAUUGCAGAAUUAUAAUGACUUUGUGAAGCUUAAUUAUAUACAACACCGGAGUCAUUCUAGUCUUCUAGUUAAUUUUGGAAGGGAUGUAGAGAAACUGAGGUCCUGCAAACUUAUCCCUCCUUUACAAACAGGGAACCGAAAGUGCUUGUUGGAUUUUGUGAAAGAAGAGAACUUGAGGAAGACGGUGGAAGAUUGUAGCAAUUCACAUAGGCAGUUCGAGACUAAGGUUUCUGAAUUUAAGCAGGAGUUUGGAGAGCUUAAACGCAGCACUGAGCACUUGUUCUCCAGCAACAGUAAAACUGUAGAUAUUAUUAAAAACGUUGAACUCACUGUCAAGGAAGGCCUAAAAUACAUUACAGAGCAGAAAAGUGUGAUGCAAACAUUAAGCAAAGAUGUCAGUACAGUGAAAAAACUUGUGGAUGACUGUCUAACGAGCCAAAUUUCGUCUUCUCUCCGUCCACAUGAUGCCGUUUCAGCACUAGGCCCUAUGUAUGAUGGCCAUGAUAAAAGUUACCUUCCCAGGAUGCAAACUUGUGAGCGAUCAAUCUCCAAUCUACUUGAUUUUUGUAGGAGCAAAAAGGAUGAAAUGAAUAUGUUUGUUCAGGGUUACAUGCAAAAGAUAGCAUAUAUUCAGUUCACAAUCAAAGAUGUACGCUUUAAGUUUUCUGUUUUCAACGAGGCAUUGAAGCGUCAGAGUGAUCAAUUUGAGCAUUUGAAGGUGGUUCGUGGCAUUGGGCCUGCAUAUAGAGCUUGCCUUGCAGAGAUAGUGAGACGAAAGGCUUCAAUGAAGCUCUACAUGGGCAUGGCGGGACAAUUGGCUGAACGACUUGCUACAAAGAGGGAAGCUGAAGUCAGGAGAAGAGAGGAGUUUCUAAAAGUACAUAGUUCUUAUAUACCCAGGGAUAUACUAGCAUCUAUGGGAUUAUAUGACACUCCUAAUCAAUGUGAUGUUAAUAUAGCUCCUUUUGAUACUAAUUUGUUAGAUAUUGACAUAUCCGAUAUAGAGCGUUAUGCUCCUGAAUACUUGGUUGGAAUGUCGUCCAAGAUUGAGAAGCAAGGAAGUAUGAAGAGUUCACUUUCUUUGUCUCAUGAUAGUUUUGCAUCUGAAGUUGAAGAGAGUUCCUUGGGUGCUACUGAUAAGCAUAGCUCCGAAGAUGUUCUUGAGGCUUCUGAGCUGGUAGAGAUUGCUGGAACUAGCAAGUUGGAAGUUGAGAAUGCAAAGCUAAAAGCUGAUCUUGCUUCUGCAAUAGCUGUAAUUUGUUCAUUUUGUUCUGAUGUCGAAUAUGAAUCGCUUGACGACAGCAAAGUGGAAAAUUUAUUAAAAGAUGCUGCAGAGAAGACUGCUGAAGCUUUGCAUUUGAAGGACGAAUAUGGAAAACAUUUAAUUUCUAUGUUAAAGAAUAAGCAAAUGCAGUGCGAGUCAUAUGAAAAACGCAUACAAGAACUCGAACAGAGAUUGUCAGAUCAGUAUGUGCAGGAGCAGAAGUUUUCAGUUGAUAAAAAUGCAUCUAUCUUUAUUCCUUUGAUUAACAAGGCUGAUAGUAAGUCAGAAGUCUUGGGUGAAGGAGAAGCUCUUAUGGCGUCAGUAGCCAUGGAUGAGGUUUCCUCUGCCACCAAUUCUGAACAUGUAAAAUCAGGAGUUCUGGACAAACAUGGAAGGCCUUGUGAAGGUUUGGAUGAGAAUAUGACAGAUUCGUCUGGAAUCCUAAAUCCUCAGUUAGAUUCAUCUAUGCUAGAGCCUAAUCAUGAGGAUCUGCAUCCCCACAAAGACUUUAAGGAACCAAUAUUGGCAGACAUUGGUAUGGGUCUAGCAGCUAGUUCCACAGCUGAUAGCAUAUCUCGGCCUCCAAAUACCUUAUUUUCUGAGACGGACAUUGAUCGGAAUUUGGAUUCCAAAAGAAGUGAUGAACUCAUUCUGGAAUUGCAACAUGUGAUCGAAGAGAAGUCCAAUAUAUUAAGUGAAAAGGAAACCAAAAUUGAUAAUCUGAUGGAGGAGAUUGUCAAUCUUGAAAGGGAGUUGGAAAUCAGCAGGAAGCUUUUAGAUGAAUCACAGAUGAACUGUGCGCACUUGGAGAAUUGUUUACAUGAAGCAAGAGAGGAAGCCCAAACCCAUCUUUGUGCAGCUGAGAGGAGGGCAUCAGAGUAUACUGCACUACGGGCCUCUGCUGUAAAAAUGCACAGUCUUUUUGAAAGACUUAAGACAUGUGUAUCUUCUGGAAGUGUUGCUGCUUUUGCUGAGUCAUUGCGUGCUUUAUCUCAAUCUUUGGCCAAUUCCGCCAGUGACAAGGAAGAUGAUAGCACUGCAGAGCUUCGGGGAUGCAUUCGCGUACUUGCUGAUAAAGUCGGUUCUUUGUCUAAGCACCGUGCAGAUCUACUUGACAGGUACUCGAAGGCUGAAGCUGCAAAUGAUCAGCUUACCAAGGAGUUGGAAGAGAAGAAAGAGCUGGUCAACACCCUGUACAUGAAGCAUCAAUCAGAGAAACAGGCAAACAAAGAGAAGAUAUCCUUUGGCCGGUUGGAAGUACGUGAGCUGGCUGCAUUCGUACUCAAUUCUGCUGGUCAUUACGAGGCCAUCAACCGGAACUGCCAUAAUUACUAUCUCUCUACUGAAUCCGUGGCUUUGUUCGUUGAUCAUCUUCCACAGCGUCCUAGCUAUAUAAUUGGACAGAUCGUGCAUAUUGAACGAUUAGUAGUCAGCCCAGUUGGAGCUGAGCAUAAUAAUAAAGACAUGGUCGACUUCCUGACAACUGACAUGGGAAGCAGUCGGAUGACUGCAGGAUCAGCUGCCAACCCAUAUGAUCUUCCUAUUGGCUGUGAAUAUUUUAUAGUAACCGUAGCAAUGUUACCUGACACCACCCUUCAUUCGCAGCCCACUUCCUGAUCUUGCGAAAGUUCUGAUAAUUGACAUGAUGGAAGAAACUAAGUGUACAUACAUAAAAAUGUUAAUCAAAGUUGCUACUGGUCUUUGUUGGCGGGAAUUAUUUAUUAAGUUGAUCUCUCUAUUGUACAGUUACUUACGAGCAGCUCGGUUUAGUCCCCUCUGUGUAUACGUAAAUUUCAUUUGUUCUAUCAAGUAUUCAAUAGGAUUAUCUGUAAAUAUCGUGAACUUUGAUCACUAUUGCUGUACAAGCUAUGGCUCCUUAAUUUGUCAGAAUUUGAAAGUAAACAGGAACCAGGACCGCCGUGACUCGGUGGUUUUAAGUCCAAA